AUGCAAUCGGCUAUCGCUACGUCGGCGCAGGUGGCCCUCGCGGCCCCGCAGGCCGGCCACAGGAGGGCAGCUGCCCGGACGCAGCCCCGGGCCGUUGCCUCGCAGCGCGCAGGGUCGGCUCGCGCAGGGCCCUCGAACUCGGCUUUCACGGGCGGGUACGUCGUCGUUGGGAAGAGCCACCGGUCACAGGUGAUCACUCAGGCCGCCACGAAGGUUCUCAUCUCGGGCGCCCCGGCCUCUGGCAAGGGCACGCAGUGCGAGACCAUCGUGCAGGAGUUUGGGCUGACGCACAUCUCGACGGGCGACCUGCUGCGCGCGGAGGUGAAGGCCGGCACGAAGGAGGGGCUGGCGGCGAAGGAGUUCAUGGACCAGGGCGCGCUGGUCCCGGACGAGAUCGUCACGGCCAUGGUGAAGAACCGCAUGAGUCAGGACGACGCGAAGAACAACGGGUGGCUCCUGGACGGGUACCCGCGGUCGGCGUCGCAGGCGCAGUCGCUCGCGGACGCGGGGAUCCACCCCGAGGUCGUGAUCGUGCUCGAGGUGCCGGACGAGGUGCUGAUUGAGCGCGUGGUGGGCCGGCGGACGGACCCGGUCACGGGCAAGAUCUACCACAUGACGUUCAACCCCCCGCCGGAGGGCGAGAUCGCGGACCGGUGCACGCAGCGCUCGGACGACACCGAGGAGAAGGCCGGGAACCGCCUCGAGGUGUACAAGAAGAACCGCGACGCGCUGAACGCGUACGCGGACAUCACGGUGACCAUCGACGGCAACCGCGCCAAGACCGACGUGUUCGCGGACAUCCAGAAGGCCAUCAACUCCGUGUAA